UAUUUGGAUGUUCAGAUAAAAGGUUGUGCACCUGUACUGAGUUUCACUGUAUGACCUGCUGAGCCUUUACAGCUUUGUCUAUUUGCAUUUAAAAAUGAAGAAUAUGGUCUGUAUUUUUCUUGCUCCAUCUACCCUGUUUCUUUUCACUUGGGGUUAUAUAAGUGUUUCUCCAUGCCAUUUGGAGUAUGAAGAAGGGUCCCGACCCGAAGCGUCACUCAUUCAUGUCUUUCAGAGAUGCUGCAUGAUCUGUUGAGUUACUCCAGCACGGUGCAUGGAAUUAGUAUAAUGUGUAAUUCUGAUGGUCCCAUUGCAGGAAUUAUGUGAAACUUUGGAGAAGGUGGUAUCUAGAUUAGGGGAUAUUAACUCCAGUGAAAGGAUGUAUAAACUUGGAUUGUUUUCCCUGGAGUGUUGAUGACUGAUGGGAGACCUGAUAAAAAUGUAUCAAAUGGUGAGAGGCAUAGACAGACUGAGACAAUCUCAAUCUUUUAUUCCGGUGUGGAAAAGUUAAAUCUUUCCUUUGAGAUGAGAGGGGAAAGUUUAUAGAAGAUGUGCAAGAUAAGUAUUCUUUUACAUGGAGUGGUAGGAGCCUGGAAUGUGCUGGAAGAAAAUGUUGUUGAAUUGUGGAUAAGGCAAACGAUGAUAUACAAACCUUGAAAAAAAUGACAUAUCUUGUUUAUUCAAACCGACACAUUUUUGGAUUAUAGGGGAUUUGAGAAUUAAGGUUUGCAUAGGAAAUUAGUUGAAACCAACAGUGAGUUAAGUGCAAUUCUAUUGAAUGACAGAGCAUGAUUGAGGAGCUGUAUGGGUUGCUCCUCUUAUGAGUUUGUGCAGAUGGAACUUCCUGCAGGGAUUUUGCAUAUCACUAUCAACACUAACAUGACUUGACCUUUAAUAUAUAAACUGUUUAUCCAGUUCUUGUUUGCUCAUCAACUUUGAAUACUGACUAAUACACCAGAUGGAGUAUUCUUGGCUUAAUUUGAAUCUCUACAAUGAAUAUUGGAUAUGACAGAGAAAUAUUGAAGUGACACAGUUUUUGAAAAUUGAAGCAGACUUCAGGAGCAAUACAAAUGUAUGCUUUUGUUGAAUCUGUUACAACAACACUAUAUUUAACAGAGAACGUGCCUGUAGUAUAGGCCUAAAACAUGAUGCACACAUUAGCAAUAUUAAAAUUUGAUUCUGAGCACUGCAACUUCACUAUCGGCAGUUAUGGGUCACAGGUUCUUCAUACUGAUGAAAUUGUGAAUCGGAUCUAUUAUAAAUCUUUUAUAUAAAAUUCUUGAACUUUAAUAUAUAAUGCAUUUGAAAUGCUUAAUGGCAAACCCAUGAUUAAUGCAGGAUCUUUACUUUCCUCAUCUUCACUUCUACACUACCUCUGACAGUUUGUGCGAGUGUAAACCUACUCAUUAUAUUUGAUAUAGCUGCUUGACUCACUUAGUUUAAAAUGCUCCUUGUAAACGGGUGGAGGCACAGCCCAACAAUUGAAUUAUAUUUUAGAUGAUGCCUAGUAAAAUGGUGAAGAAAUAGUUUAAGUGCUAAUAUUGAAGAGUGACCAAGUGUAAUAGCAAACAUCUCCAAUAGACAUUUCACUAUUGUAAAGCACUUCUUAAUAUAACUGCAUUUUUGUUGAUGUGAUUUGCUCAGAAGCAAGUUAAUAACUGAUUUGUUUUUAAAUAAUAAUGCACUAUACUUUGGGCCUGAAGAGAAUUGCCAUCAUAUACUUUUUCAGGGAAGAGAUUGGAAAGAAAAUAAAUGAGAAAGGAUACUCAAAUGUAAUGAAUAAUUAAUAAUUCAUUUUUUUGUUGCAGAGGAGCAAUGAUGAGAAUGGAAACUGUUCAGGGACCAUUGAAUUUCCAACCACGAAUCUGUAUGAAUUGGAAAGUCGAGUGUUCACUGAUCACUGGUCUAUCCCGUACAAACGUGAAGAAUCACUGGGCAAGUGCCUGAUAGCAUCCACGUACCUUGCACGCCUUGGUCUUGCUGAUGCUGAUGAAAAUUGUAAAAGAUUUACAGACCGAUGUAUGGCAGAAGCUUUUAAAAAGUUAUUAACUUCAAGUGCUGUCCAUAAAUGGGGUACUGAAAUCCACGAGGGAAUCUAUAACAUGGUGAUGCUUUUGGUGGAUCUAGUUGCGGCACGUGUCAAGCAAGACCCAAUUCCGAUUAGCCUUAUGGGGGUACUCACCAUGGCUUUCAAUCCAGGUAACGAGUACCAUUUCAAGAAUCGUAUGAAAAUGUGCCAGAGGAAUUGGGCAGAUGUUUUUGGAGAUGGCAAAAUGUAUGCCAUCUCGCCACCAGCCAAUUUACAGAAGGAACCUCAUGGCUGGCUCAUAGAUCUGGUUAAUCGGUUCGGUGAGAUGGGUGGGUUUUCAGCAAUCCAGCUUAAGCUUGGUGCAGAUGAUAUAGAAACAGCGGCUGUAUCUGCACUGGUGCAGCCAUUGAGUGUCUGUGCUGAAUAUCUAAAUCCCAUGGUGGUGCAGCCCAUGCUGGACCCUGUCAUUGACAAAAUGAUUAGAUACGUACAAAGUUUAGAAGAAAAAGAUCUGAAAGACAAGAAAUUGGUGACGAUUCCAGAGCUUCUCUCUGCCAUCAAACUGCUGUGCAUGCGCUUUCAGCCUGCAUUGGUGACUGUGGUAGAUGACCUCCGACUAGAUAUCCUCCUACGUAUGUUGAAAACUCCUCAUUUUAGCGCAAAAAUGAAUUCGUUGAAGGAGGUUACUAAAUUGAUUGAGGACAGUACUUUGUCAAAGUCUGUGAAGAAUGCAAUUGAUACAGAUCGAUUGUUAGACUGGCUAGUGGAAAAUUCCGUACUGUCAAUAGCACUUGAAGGAAAUAUUGAUCAAGCACAAUACUGUGAUAGAAUAAAGGGAAUAAUUGAACUGCUGGGCAGUAAACUCUCUCUGGAUGAACUUACCAAGAUUUGGCGCAUUCAGUCAGGACAAUCUUCAACUGUCAUUGAAAAUAUCCAUACCAUUAUUGCUGCUGCUGCUGCCAAGUUCAACUAUGAUCAACUGAACCAUCUCUUCAUCUUAAUACAGAAGAGUUGGGAAAUUGAAAGUGACCGUAUUCGACAAAAACUUCUCAGCCUUAUCGGAAAAAUUGGUCGUGAAGCACGUUCUGAGAAUACCACGGGGAAGGUGCUGGAAGUGUUAUGGGAUCUAGCUCAUUUACCAGCGCUCCCCACUAACUUGGUCCAGCCGGCUUUGGAAGAACACCUGACUAUACUCAGUGAAGCUUAUGCAGUAAAGGAGCAGAUUAAGCGAAGCUACAUUAUUAAAUGUAUAGAAGACAUUAAAAAGUCCUCCCAGCAGAACAACCAGCAACCAGUAUGGGUGGUUCCAGCAUUGCGUCAACUUCACGAGAUUACCAGGUCUUUCAUCAAACAGAGCUGUCAGAAACAAGAUAAGAGUAUUGUGCAGGAUUUGAAGAAGAACUUUGAAAUAGUGAAACUGGUUACAGGGAGCCUCGUGGCUUGUCAUCGAAUGGCACUUGCUGUAGCAGGUCCAGGAGGGCUGGCAGGAUCAACGAUUGUAGAUGGUAGAUACACCCAUCAAGAUUACCUGGAAGCACACCUGAGGUUCCUUGCAUUUUUUCUUCAAGAAGCCAGCCUCUAUAUUGGCUGGAAUCGUGCCAAGGAGAUUUGGGAGUGCCUGGUUUCUGGAGCAGAUAUUUGUGAACUUGAUCGAGAGUUGUGCUUCGAAUGGUUUACCAAAGGGCAUGGGGACUUGGAGAGCGAUGUUCAGCAACAGCUUUUUAAAGAGAAAAUUCUCAAGCUAGAACCCUAUGAAAUCACAAUGAACGGUUUUAAUCUCUUCAAAACCUUUUUUGAGAUUGUGAAUCUUUCUGACCAUCGACUGAAAAAACAAGGAGCUCAACUGCAUGUUGAAAAGUUGGAGCUAUCAGGAAUGGAUUUUAUCUGGAGAAUUGCCAUGGAGUCACCAGAUGAAGAAAUUGCUCAUGAGGCAAUCCAUCUGAUCAUUAAUUACAGUUACAUUAGCCUGAAUCCACGUUUAAAAAAGGACUCUGUUUCCCUUCAUAAGAAAUUCAUCGCAGAUUGUUACAAACGUUUAGAGGUUGCUAGUUCAGCUUUAGGAGGCCCUACCUUGACGCAUGCUGUUACACGAGCUACUAAAAUGCUCACAGCGACGGCCAUGCCCACUGUUGCUACAUCGGUACAGUCACCAUCCAGGUCCAGUAAACUUGUCAUAAUUGAACGUCUGCUGCUGCUUGCUGAAAGAUAUGUGAUUACAAUAGAGGAUCUAUAUUCCGUUCCCCGGACGAUCCUACCUCAUGGAGCUUCUUUCCAUGGACAUCCCGUCACUAUCUCGGUCAUUUGUGAGUCCUCAAAAGAUUCAUUUACUGUCGAGGCUCACAGCAACGAAACUGUUGGGAGUGUCAGGUGGAAGAUGGCAACACAUAUCAAUUGUCCGUUGGAUAACUUACAAAUAUUUGCCAAUGAUAGCUUGCUCACCAUGAACAAAGAUCAAAAGUUGCUCCACCAGCUGGGUUUUGUCGAUGAACAAAUAUUGACUGUAAAGAUGCCCGUAAUGGGUACACCUUCGGGAAGUUCAGUUGAUUCUUCUACCAGUAGUAGUGUAUUCAAUUCAGCUUACGCAAUGGAACAGGAGAAAUCACUGCCUGGUGUUGUGAUGGCACUAGUGUGUAAUGUGUUUGAUAUGCUUUAUCAACUUGCCAACCUUGAAGAACCAAGAAUUACAGUUCGCGUUCGAAAGUUGCUGCUUUUGGUUCCAACGGAUCCAGCCAUUCAGGAAGCGCUGGAUACACUUGAUGCUUUAGGCAGAAAACAGAAAACACUGUUGACUGAUUCAAGUCACCAAACGUCCAAGUCGCCUUCACUUUCUUCAAAGCAACAGCAUCAGCCGAGUGCAAAUACGAUUCUGGAGAGCCUGUUCAGAUCGUCAGCACCGGGAAUGUCUACCUUCAGAGUGCUUUACAAUCUAGAGGUUCUCAGUUCCAAGCUCAUGCCAACGUCAGAUGAUGAGAUGGCAAGAAACUGUGCAAAAUCUUUCUGCGAAAAUUUUCUCAAAGCAGGAGGCUUAAGCUUGGUAGUGAAUGUUAUGCAGCGGGAUUCUAUUCCAUCUGAGGUGGAUUAUGAGACAAGGCAGGGAGUUUAUUCAAUCUGUCUGCAGCUCGCAAGGUUUUUGCUCGUUGGCCAAACCAUGCCUUCUACACUGGAUGAUGAUUUCUUGAAAGAUGGAAUGGAAGCACUGUCCUCGCGCCCAUUUCGCAAUAUUGGUCGACAGACUAGUCGUCAAUUAUCAAUGUGUGGUGGUCAAGAAAAAUCAUCGAUGAGACAAAUGAGUGUGACAUCAGAUCGAUCAUCAAUAAGAAUUGAGGAGAUAAUACCUGCAGCAAGAGUGGCAAUACAGACGAUGGAUGUGAAUGAUUUCACCUCAACAGUAGCCUGCUUUAUGAGGCUGACAUGGGCAGCAGCAGCUGGACGUCUUGACCUGGUGGGCAGCUGCCAGCCAAUUCGAGAGAGUACCAAUUGUUUAUUCUCCGUUGGUAUUCGAAAUAGACUCAGCAGUUCAGGCAGCACCUGCAGCUCUGGAAGUGAAGGUGAAUCAACCACGCUGCAUGCAGGCAUAUGUGUGAAGCAGCACUCUGUCUCCACCAAAGAUACUCUUAUUGCUCGAGAGGCCUUAUCGCUUCUGGUUACAUGUUUACAGCUGCGGUGCCAGCAACUAGGUUCAUUUUAUAUUCUUCCUUGUGUGAAUGAUUUUAUCAUAGAUAUUCUGCUUGGUUCCCCUAGUGCUGAGAUUAGAAGGGUCGCCUGGGAUCAGUUAUAUACACUGAGUCAAACGGAUACAUCGGCAAGCCUUGAAAUACAGAAACCUAAUCAGUUCCUCCUGCAUGUCGUCCUCACAACUCAGCUUCCACUCUGGUCCCCAACCAGCAUCAUGCGCGGAGUCAACCAAAGACUAUUAUCCCAAUGUACUGAAUAUUUUGGCCUGCGUUGCCAGUUAUUAGACGACUUAACAUCUUCUGAAAUGGAACAGCUUAAUAUUAGCCCUGCUGCCAUGUUGGAAGAUGAGGUUAACUGGCUUGAUAACUUUGAGCCUACGUGGACUGCAGAAUCGGAGACAAGCGAGUCGGAUAACGUUUUGCUUGCUGGACAUCUGCGUCUUAUCAAAACUCUACUGUCACUGAGUGGGCCAGAAAAGGAAUUGCUUGGACCAUCAUUAAUCAAGCAACUGAUGGAAGAUUUCCUGUUCCGUGCCUCAAAAAUUAUCUUGAGCAGCAGCAGUCCAGCUGGGAGCUGCUCUAUUAGUCAACAGGAUUUCCAUCCAAAGUGCAGUACAGUUAACAGUCGUCUAGCUGCUUAUGAAGUUCUGGUCAUGUUGGCAGACAGCUCUUUGAGUAACCUCCAGCUGAUCUCCAAUGAGCUGCUUUCCAUGCACCACCAAUUUGACCCUGCACUUACAAAGGAAUUUGAGUACUUGCCACCUGUUGACAGUCGUGCCAUAUCCGGGUUUGUUGGAUUGAAGAAUGGAGGGGCUACAUGUUACAUGAAUGCAGUGUUUCAACAACUUUACAUGCAGCCUGGGUUGCCAGAGGCAAUGUUGUCAGUAGAUGAUGAUGAUGAUGAGAAUCCAGAGGAAAAUGUGUUUUAUCAAGUUCAAUCCCUCUUUGGGCACCUGAUGGAAAGUAAACUGCAAUAUUAUGUCCCGGAGACCUUCUGGAAGAUUUUUAAAAUGUGGAACAAGGAGCUGUACGUCCGUGAGCAACAAGAUGCAUAUGAGUUUUUUACCAGUCUGAUAGAUCAGCUGGAUGAGCAUCUUAAGAAACUUGGACGUGAACAGUUUUUUAAGAACACUUUCCAGGGUAUUUUUUCUGACCAGAAGAUCUGCAAAGAUUGUCCUCACAGAUAUGAACGUGAGGAAGCAUUCAUGGCCCUGAACCUGGGAGUAACAUCAUGCCAAAGCUUGGAAAUAUCACUGGAUCAGUUUGUAAGAGGCGAGGUUCUUGAAGGAGGCAAUGCAUACUACUGUGAGAAGUGUAAAGAGAAGAGGACGACAGUGAAGCGGAUGUGCAUCAAAUCUCUACCAAGUGUGUUAGUCAUCCAUUUAAUGAGAUUUGGGUUUGACUGGGAGAGUGGGCGAUCUAUCAAGUAUGAUGAACAAAUACGGUUUCCUUGGCUUCUAAACAUGGAGCCCUACACGGUGUCUGGAAUGGCACGGCAAGAACACUCUUCUGAACAUGGGGAAAAUGGCAAAGCAGGUGAUCACGUGGGUGGUGGCUCUCCAAGAAAGAAAGGUGCCCCAACUGAAAACUAUGAGCUGGUUGGAGUGAUUGUUCAUAGUGGUCAGGCACAUGCUGGACACUAUUACUCGUUCAUCAAGGACAGAAGGGCUGGUGGCAAAGGGAAAUGGUACAAGUUCAAUGACACGGUGGUAGAUGAGUUCGAUCUAAACGAUGAGACAUUGGAGUUUGAAUGUUUUGGUGGAGAGUACAGACCUAAAGUGUAUGAUCAAUCAAACCCUUACCCUGAAGUCCGUCGCAGGUACUGGAAUGCCUACAUGUUAUUUUACCAGCGAAUGUUAGACCAAAACUCUCCAGUUUUACCAAAGAAAAGUCGAGUUAGUGUUGUUCGGCAGGAGGCAGAGGAUCUGUCCUUAUCUGCACCCUCUUCACCUGAAGUUUCGCCCCAGUCAUCCCCUCGUCCUCAUAGACCAAACAAUGACCGCCUUUCAUUGUUGACCAAACUGGUAAGGAAGGGAGAAAAGAAAGGACUCUUUGUUGAAAAAUUGCCAGCCAGGAUUUACCAGAUGGUACGAGAUGAAAAUCUGAAAUUCAUGAAAAACAGAGAUGUUUUCAACAGUGACUACUUCAAUUUCAUGCUUUCCUUGAUUUCACUCAAUGCAACUAAACUGAAGCAUCCAGUGUACCAAUCCAUGGCAAAGAUUGGCAUGAAGCUUGCCAUCCAGUUUCUCUUUCAAACCUAUUUGCGAACCAAGAAAAAACUCAGGGUGGACACAGGAGAAUGGAUAACUCUCAUCGAGAGGUUGCUUACAAACAGUUGUGAUGCCUGUCAGUGGCUAAUUGAAUUCUUGGUUGGGUCAGAGGGCCGAGAAUUGAUAAAGAUUUUCCUUCUGGAGUGCACUGUUCGUGAGGUCCGUGUAACUGUUGCUACCAUUCUAGAGAAAGCCCUCGAGAGUGCUCUGCUUUAUCAGGAAAAGCUGAAAGGAUUGGACCAGUUGCUGGAAGUACUGCUUGGCUUACUUGAUAAGGAUGUAGCUGAAAAUUGCAAAAACUGCUCCCAGUACUUCAACCUCUUCAACAACUUUGUACAAAAGGGUUUCAAGGCCUGCCAGCUGUUAUUCAAACACUCUGCAUUCAAGCGUAUGCUUUGUUUUCUCCUGGGUCCAUCAAGGCAGAACAAUCAAAAUCGGCGUUGGAGUUCUGCACAGGCCCGUGAAUUCUGGUAUCUUCAUAUCACUUUGGCAUCACUAGUCCUACAUACCGACAUUUCAUCUCUACUCACUAUUGAUCCUGGGCAGUAUAAAUGGCAUUCACCAACUCCACAAGUACCUUUGCAUCAAGAUGUAGAAACUCUCUUCAGACCUGAAGGACAAGCUUACCUGCUUGAGGUUAUGUAUGCUAUGCGAGAGCUGACUGGAUCUUUGUCUGUGCUUUCGGAGAUGGUGACUUACUGCUGCUUCUGCAAUGAACAUUUCUCAUUGGUGCAGGUGUUACAGACCAUUAAGAUCCAAUUGGAGACAGCUCCACCACAUGAACUGAAGAAUAUCUUCCAGUUACUGCAUGAAAUCCUGGUCAUUGAAGAUCCAUUGCAAUCUCGCCGUCUGAAGUUUGCUUUUGAGUCGGAGAAAGGACUUUUAGCCCUGAUGCACCAGAGUAACAAUGUUGACAGUAGCCGCUGUUAUCAGUGUAUCAAAUUCUUGGUACUAUUAGCUCAAAAAUGUUCAGCCGCAAAGGACUAUUUUCGGGAGCAUCCCCAUCACUGGAGCUGGGCUGUGCAGUGGUUACAGAAAAAGAUGUCUGAACAUUAUUGGGCCCCACAGAGCAACAUAUCAAAUGAAACUUCAACAGCAAAGACAUUUCAGCGCACAAUUUCAGCACAGGAUACAUUAGCCUAUGCUACAGCCCUUUUGAAUGAAAAGGAACAAUCUGGGAGCAGUAAUGGUUCAGAAGGCAGUCCAGCUGCAGAGAAUGGAGAUAGAACUCUUCGACAGGGCUCAGAAUCGCCAAUGAUGCUUGGUGAAUCUAAAAGUGAUCUUGAUGAUAUGGAUCCAUAAAGAAGAUUGGAAAUUCCUUUGGACAAUGCUUGGUGUCAUUUAACUUUAGUGCUGAAUGACUAGGCACCAAACCAGAUGGCUUUGGGCACCAAUCGAUCAGGGGAAGGUACACAGACUCCCAGGUUGCAAACAGCAGGCACAUUUGUGAAGCAAACUUUGCCGAGAGUUGAACCUCAAGACUUCAUGCAAGUCUCUCGUGUUCUUUGAAGAUUUUGUAUGGAGAAGGAUAAUCUGAUUGUGCUUGUGAAUAUACAGCAAAAGGAAAUUUUUAUCCAAUGCUUUCAGUUGUAACUGCAGAGGAUUUGAUUAAGAUUUUCAUACAAUCUUAGUGAGAGCCUGUAAUUUGUGUAUAAUAGUUCCCAGAGUUGAAGUAACAAAAUCCUUUGUGGUACUAUGUUAUAUAGAUUUAAUUUUAUUUGUAUAAUAAUAGAACAUCUGGUAAAUCUGUUCACUUUAGGUUACAAUAAUUGUUUGUUGGAAUAUUUAAUAGGUUCCAGGUGCAUUUGCAAAGAGGAAUUAUGGUCAAUAAUAUACUCGAUGUGUGAGUGCAACUAUUGUGUGACCUUAUUUAAUUGCAGCCUGGAACUUUAUUAAAUAUUAGAUUAAUCCUUUAAUAAAGGCAACACUCAUUUUAUUUUUUAAAUUCAUACGACCAGCUGCCAUUUUCCAACACAAUUGAUGAUAACAAUGUAUAUUUUGUUUUGAGGAGCUCAAAGUCUAAUCUUUAUGGUCAUUUAUACAAUAGGUGAUAGAAUUUUAGUUGGUGAGUUAUUAACUGAUGUUUCAUUGCAAUGACUAUCGUUUUGUCAAAUUAUUUUGAUCACACCAUAAAUUUGCAUUGCUUCUGUUUUUAAAAUAGCCAUAAUUAGUUUUAAAAACACAUUUUGACACCUUUAUUAUAGAAAUAGAAUAUGUAAUGGGCAAGUGUGUAAUAUUUACUUGACAAGUUCACCUAAUUUAGUAAUUUCAUGCAUGUUGUUUCGCAGUUCCUGACUUAACAAUGCUGUAAUUUUGGGAGAAGAGUGCACCUACACACAGCUCGUGGGAUGUAUCAGAGUCAUUUAUCAGUGAGUUUAGACAAUAUAUCUGACAUCAAGCAGUUUAUAGCCAUGACAGGUUUCUGACAGAUUUAAAGCAAAGGAUAGCUUGUAUUUUUUUUUUUUAUGUAAUUUCUGACGAGCUUAAAAUAAUUUAUAUUUUCCUCUUUUGAUCUGCAGCUUAUUAGGUGGAUGGCUUAUGCCCAGACCACUCCAUGUAAUGCUGCAGAUCUGUGCAGACUGAACUUCCUGAAACUUUGCUCCACUUCUUUGGUCAACCCUUAUUUGCAUCUUCCUGUGGCACAGAUAAGACUAUCUUGCACAGAUAAGACUAUCUUGCACAGUAAUAAAAAUGAAUGGCAUAUUGCAGCCAGGUUCAAUCUCUUGCACUGUAUCUGAGUAUUUAUGAGAAUAUAUUUGUCCUUUAACUUGUUUCGCUCAAGUAUGGUGGAUGCUGGUUUCCCAUUUGUCCUAUAAGACGCAUUCUUACAAAAUUCAUUUGAGGUUUAUAGAUUUAAAGUGUUAUUGGUUAAUCGCUAUCAGCUUAUACAACUACCAGUGAUCUAAUUGGUAUUGUACACUUGUCCAUUACAUAGUUAAGUUUGUGGUGAGACAGUCAAAUUAUCUUUGAUGGUUACUUGGGUUUUGGAGAGAAGCGAGAAAGAAAAACAAAUUAUGUAAUAUCAGUGGAACAUUUCUAGUAUAAUCGCUGGAAUGUCUUUGAUAUUAGCACUGCAGCAGAAGUUUGACAUGAAUUGAUAAAUUAACAUAGGAAGCUUAAAUCAUUUUUAGUGUAAUGGACCUCACACAGCCUCUCCCAUUGUAGUCUGGGAGAAGUUAUCCAUUUCCUUGGCUUCUGCUUGCUGAGUUGAAGUAUCAACUUUAUAUUUACUAUGCAUUAAUCCAUAAAGGUUUGACAAAUAGAUUCUCAGAAGUUUCCAACCAGGGAAGAAAGUUGUUUCUUAAGAUAGUAACCCCAGUGGAAAUAAAACCGAUUUAUUUAUAAAAGGACAUUUUAGAUGCUAUGAUAGUUCAUAAACUUGUAUAGGAAGGGUCAUCAAAAUGUAUUGUGAUGUUAAUUCUGAAAAGAAUAAUGACUUUCUAGUCCCAGUUAGUCUGAAACUAGACUGACAGGUAGCCACCCAAUUCAUACUCAAUGGCCACUCUAAAUAAUAAAGCAAUUCUGGGUUUGUAGCUAGAUAUUUUACAAGGGAUCAAUGAGGAAUGAAAACAUUGAUACAACUAACUUUCAAAAAUCAAAGGUCUGUUUGAAGGUUUCAAAUCUUGUUGCACUUACAAAUUUGGCAGAUUAUAUAGUAAAAUAUAUUUGGUUUUUUUAAUUUUUAAAAUCCAGUUAAAUUAUCACACAUUCAUAUAUUUCUUGUCAACUUUAAAAUGUACACAUUUCAAUAGUUGUAAAGCUCCUUCCUUUUAUUGUUGUGCCAGAGCAUCUGUAUAUUGUACUGUUUCUGACCAUCCCCAUCCCUACACUUUGAUUUAGACUAACAGUGAGCACAAAAUGACACUAGAAUUAUCUGACUUUGUUUUGAGGGCAGUAAUCAAUAGCCAGUAUAGAGUAAUUGAGGAGAUUCCUGUACAAGUAGAUUUAUGAUAAAUUACAUUUGUGGCAAUGAGUUUGGCUGCUUGAUUGAAUUCUGAACUAAGCUGGACUGGGGUUGCCACUUGAGCAGCAUUUUAAUCAGAAUGACUUCAGAAUAUACAGUGCAUUAAUCCCUUCAAUAACCCAUGGAAAAUGUAAAAUGAGUCAUGUAAUAAAGCACUAUUUCCUGGUUGGGUUUUAGAGAUAGUUGUACAAUGUUUCAGUGUUUUUUUACGUUAUGGUUUGCUUUGUUAAAAUAUAUGUUACACAGCUUUUAAUCAAAAUGUUUGCUUCUGUCUAAACAACAUAUUGUUGGCUAACUUGCAUUCAAAUUAGUUUUUAGAUUAUAAGCAGCCUAAGGUAAUUUGAACUCCCAACCAAUGUGAACCUUUAUAUUAAUUGCCAACAAUGGUCGAGAUAGUGGAAUGAAAUGAAGUACAAACACAGCUUCCUGGAGAUAUUUUAUUCUCCUUGACAUUUAGAUAUGUGUUGAAGGUUAAGAACAUUAUUUUUAUUUUGUUUUUCUCCUUGGUGUAGUUGAAACCUGUUGAAAAUCUGAAAAUGUAUUUGUGGAUUGAUGGCCGCAUUGCUCUUGCUACUGAAAUGCAGGCUGAAUCUGGCAAAAGGCUAACAUAGAUUAUUACAGUAAGAUAUUAAUGUAAAUUACUUCCUGGGAAUCACUGGAAACCAAUGAAAUUGUGUGGCCUGAAUUGCGCAAUGAGUGAAUGUGUAGUGAGUGGGUAGUAAAUAAGUCGCACUUGGUGUCAGCAUCCUGCCACCGCUUUAUUAACCUCCAUUUUGUGCCAGUUUAUGAAUUACUUGGGGAAGUGCAGGAGCCUUUUUCUUAAUUUUUCCUUCUGUAUGUGAGGUUUCUGUUGCCAUAUGUUAAUGAAAAGGGUGUUUGAUCUUCUGCCUUACUACACAGUGACAGUAUACAAAGAGUAACACAUCUUGGGGUCAGGCUUUCAUCGAUGACUGUGUCCACUAUGGAUCACCAAGCCAAAGGCACGGAUGGCCACAAGUGCCUUUCUAUUAUUUUUACUGGAUCUCAAAUUGAAGCUUUGACACAAUAGCCACCUGGUAGAGAGAAGGUUGGUUGGUUUUGUUCGAGCUUGGUUGUCUUUUGAAAUUUUCCUGGGCAGUAUACCUGGAGCAACUACACACUGGUGUCAGUUUCAGAUUGCCAACAUCUACUUCAAUAAUCCUAAUGCCAAUGAGCAAAAAUGCUGAAAUGUGCAUGCUCACCAUAGCCAAAAUAUUUGUUAUUUAAUGGUAUGAAUUUAAAUGAGGACAUCAGUGGGUUAGGUACAAGAUUUAUUAUGCGAUAAUUUAUCUAGUAAUUAUUAAUACAGAGUGGUUAGAAUUAGUUACAAAGUACUAAUAUUUCAUUCCUUUAUUUUGUGCAUGUGUGUGCGUUUAUCAAAAUGAGGGAUUUUAUUGGGGACUCUUUCUUGGCCCAUUUUGGCCAUGCGGCAUCAUUGGGAAUGACCAUGUCAACAGAGUUGGGAAGUAGAGUUAAGAUCCAUUUGCUGUGCUCAAAAUUAUGUGCCUUGUUCAUAUUCACUGAAAAAAAAAUCCCUUAGAAAACCAGUAUGGUAUUUCUAUUUUCUAUAUCGACCUUCCUGAGAGUUUCAUAACCUAAAACCAGUUUAAACCAGAUUCCGGGCAGCUCUGACAUGUGCAUUACGUACUAGCUGCAGAGAGAUUUUAAGUAAUUUCAUAUGCUUCUUUCAUCUACCAUGGAGAAUUGUUUUUAUUUUUGAGGUGGAUUUGACUCAUGGUCACGGGUGGAUGGUGCUUCAAUGUGUUUGUUUACUCAUCCCAGGAAGCAUGACAGUUUUUGGUUAAGUACUCGCAACUAUGGAUAUUAGGUUGCAACAAAAAUGUCUCUGUUCCUGCUUUCUAUGAAACCGUUGGUCCCAUAAGCAUGUGUGAGGACACUCACCACUGCACUUCCCCAAUGUUUUGAUCUUUGAAGUAGCUACUUGGAAAUGUGCAAGAUUAGCAGAGGUAAUUUUUUCCUUUUCGUGAUGGGGAGAGAUACCCAUUCAGUUUCUGCUGCUUUCACUCUACCUCCAGUUGCCAUACAAAGUAAUCUAAGCCUGCAGCCCAGGCUCAUUACACAUCCGCGUCACUGUUUUAAUGUAUUUUUUUUCUGUAUCACUUAAAAAAAAAAAAGGAACUAGUAAAUCAACAAACUGUACAAAUCUACUUUGUGGCAUCUUUAUCAACCAAUUUAAUGUUUUCUUUCCACUUUAAUGGACGAUAUGUAAUGGUAAUCACAUUUUCUGUGAUAAAUGAUCAAAUAGAUAUAUUUUUAAAUGAUUCAGGCCAAGUCAACCAUCAAAACAAACCAAGGAUAAGCAUCCUAAUGUUAGUUCUCAACCUAAAUUAUACAUUUUUGAUUUCCAAAAGGGCAUGUUCCAUUUCGAAACUAAUGACCUCCAAUAAGAUAACCAGUAUACUUACUACUUGCAUCAGAAGUGGAAAACUGGGUCAAAUUGAAUCGUACUGCUAAUGUAUCAUCUAAAUGAGUUAGAAUACGAGCCAAAUAUACAAAGCAUUAUCUCAGUCCACCAUUAAAGUGCAAAUGGAACACCUCUGUUUAUGCUAGUCUGAUCUAAUGGACAUAAAAGGGCAGAUUUGGAAUUGCAUUUGUAGUGAAUGGUAGCUCUAGUUUGUCAGGUUCAACAUAAACUUUUGUUUUGAGAGGGAAAAUGUUCCUUUUGUGCCUUAUUAGUCAAAUCUUUCUUUUAGCCCUGUAUAUUUCCCCAACAGCUACCUGAAAAUGACGUAAAGAAUAUAGUUGCAGCUUUUUAACCUGCGUUUGCAUGAAGUUUGUAAACAAAACCUAUGAUUUAACAUCAAUCAUAAACACGGUUUUUAAUCCUGCUGGUGUUCUUUCCAUAAAUUCCUCACACACCAAAAUGUCAUAAAUAUUCCUUUCUAGCCACCUUCCAGUUAUUAGUUUACAUUUUCGUAUAAUAAAGCCAUCCUGAUGAUUAUUAUUGUGCUAUCUUUGUCAGCAAGAUAAUGCAUGAAUUAACAAAAGUUGUGGCAGUAUUGUAAUUUGCAAGGUUACCCCACAUCUCAACAUUUGAAUAUAAUCCCAUGUAUGUCAUAUAAAAAAAAACAUCUGAGAAGUAGAUGGAACCAUUGAGUUAUGUUUCUAAAAUAAAUUUUAAGGUAAAUUCUUUAAUCUCAUUUUGAAUUAAAUCUGUAAAUAGUACUGAGGGUUGUGUUACACCACUGAUUCCACUUGUAAUAUCUGUAACGUAAAAGCAACGUUCUCUCAUCAGUGGAUGCCUAGAUACUGGUAAAUAUCUAUUGGAGGUUAAAUGACCUUAAUUUGCCAUUUUAACAUAAUAUAGCAAUGUGGGAAUUAAAUACAAUUUCAAAACUUUUUUUUGAAUACACAAUGUUGGGAAGAGCAAAUGUGUCUGGUGUAAUAGUGCCCAACUUAGUGCUGAAAUGGUCACCCAUCGCAAUUUGAUUGCCAUCAACACAGACACAGGAGGGGCAAAAUGGAGGAUUUAUGAAGAGCUAUGCUCAGUGCAAUAGGGUUUUUUCAGGUCGCACAAUAGCAGUAUCUACUGAACCUAAGUACAAUACUUUUAAAACUCUUCAUAGUUUUGAUUUAAUGACCACUUAAAAUACAUGAAUUUAUUUGAAUGUAUUAAAUAGCCUAUGAUGCUAAUUUUGUUUACACAAAGUUGAAACCAAUAAUCAUUUGUUUUAAAAGACUGCAAUAAGUAUGUUGCAAUGUCUUGUCAAAAGAGGAACACAUCCUCUCUGACACUUUCCCGUGCCAUUCACCUUCCUUCUGUUUUAUUUGUUAUUUGACAGGAAAUAUGUAUUAUUAUGCAAAAAAAAUCCUUUUUGGUUUCCAACAUUGCAAUGAAAACAGUUUUAUCAUUUGAAAUACAGUUCCCUGUUGGUCUUAAAGAAGUUUCAAAUAAAACAAGACAUUAAAAUGUUUAUCUGGAUGGAUGUGCUGUAUCUUCCUGAAUAUUUGCCUUCAAAAUAUUUUACUGAUAAAUAAUGAAAUGUU